CUACAAUAUUGCAACACACCCACAAAUAGAAACUAGCACUUCCUUAAGGCAGAGACUUUUACAUGUUGGUAUUCUGCCAUGGCUAUGAGAAGCUUGCUUUCUGACCAUAGCCACUAUGUCGAAUCCUUUCGUCUGUUCCUUGAGAAUUCGACGGAGCAUCAAUGCAUGCUGGAAUUCAUUCAGAAGAAGCUGCCAGGCAUAUUAUCAAGUAUAGGCAGUGGGAAAUCUACAAUCAAUAUUCUAAGUGUUGGUGGUGGGGCAGGAGAAGUUGACCUUCAGAUUCUUGCAGAAGUACGGGCUAAAUAUCCUGGAGUCAUCAUUUGUAACGAUGUGGUAGAACCAAGUGCUGAACAAAUAAGUGCCUACAAAGAACGAGUAGCAAAGACAGAAAACCUUGAGAACAUAAAGUUUUCUUGGCACAAGGAGACUUCGCUGGAAUAUGAAAGUCGAAUGAAGGCAAGCAAAGAGGUGAAGAAAUGGAACUUCAUCCACAUGAUCCAGAUGCUGUAUUAUGUAAAAGACAUCCCAGCUACUAUCAGGUUUUUCCACAGCCUCUUGGAACCUGGGGCCAAGCUCCUUAUUAUUCUUGUUUCAGGAACCAGUGGCUGGGCCAGGCUCUGGGAGAAAUACGGUUCUCGCCUGCCUCUGAAUGAUCUCUGCUUGUAUGUUUCAUCUGCUCACAUUGAAGAGAUACUUGAUGGGGCUGGUCUCAAUUACAAGUCCUAUGAGCUUCCAUCUGAUAUGGACAUAACUGAUUGCUUCACUGAUGGAAACAGAAAUGGGGAGUUGCUGCUUGAUUUUUUGACCGAAACCUGUAAUUUUAGUAAAACUGCCCCCACUGAAUUAAAAAAUGAAAUUAUCAAAGACCUUAAAAAGCUUGAAUACAGUGAAAAGAGGGGUGACAAGUAUUUUUUUAAUAACAAUCUGAGUGCAAUAGUGAUUGAACCCUAAAUGUGUUCAGCUGGGAAGCAGCCACUCAGUUGAAUAUGUAUUUAUUAUUUGUUAAAUACUUUAUUAGUUUGGUAAGUAUGUGAUGCUUGAGUCAGAUACACAUAUAUCCACAGGAUCUAACUUUUUUGCCACUGUUACAGCUGCUUAACAGUAUUGUUAGGUGUUUACAAUGCUACAUAUUAAGACUUUGCUAACAGAUUAAAACAUAGCUUGCAGAGUUGUACAUCA